CCAAGUUUUUGCAGUCACAGGUUGAGAGGGAAUUCCCUGGGGAUCUAAUUUUCCAACAAUCUCACUUUUCCUACUUCAACGUUCAAGUCAAUUCAACUCAAGUAUCAGCAAUGGGUUUCCUAAUCAAGAAACCAGAGAACGAGGCCGGCAAGGCUGUGCCUGCUAUUGUCAUUGGUGUCUUCGUCGCCUUUGGUGGUAUCCUUUUCGGAUAUGAUACUGGUACCAUCAAUGGUAUCCUCGCCAUGGACUACUUCCAGGCCGAGUUCGCUACAGAGAAGAACGAUCAGGGUGUAUUGGCACUGACCUCGAGUCAAACCUCGUUAAUUGUCUCUAUCUUAUCCGCUGGUACCUUCUUUGGAGCUCUCACUGCCUCUCCCUUCGGUGACAUCUUGGGUCGUCGUAUGGGCCUUAUUGCUUCUUGCGUGAUCUUCUCCAUCGGUGUUGCCUUCCAGGUCGCUUCCACCACCAUUCCUCUGAUGGCCGCCGGUCGUGUUGUCGCUGGUUUCGGUGUCGGUCUAGUUUCCGCACUAGUACCUUUAUACCAAUCUGAGUCAGCGCCAAAGUGGAUCCGAGGAACCAUCGUCGGUUGUUACCAAUUGGCCAUCACCAUUGGUCUCCUCCUCGCCGCUUGCGCCAACCAGGGAACUCACGCCCGCAAUGAUGCCAGUUCCUACCGUAUCCCACUAGCCAUUCAGUUCAUCUGGGCUGCCAUCUUGGCCGGCGGCAUGUACAUCCUUCCGGAGACUCCCCGCUACUAUAUCAAGAAGGACAACAUGCAGGCUGCUGCAAAGAGUAUGAGUCGUCUCCGCUCUCUCCCAACCGACCACCCUGCCAUCGUCGAGGAGUUGAACGAAAUCAAGGCUAUCCACGACUACGAGAUGUCAUUGGGUGUCGGAAAUGCUACUUAUGCAGACUGCUUGAAGCCCGACAUGAUCAAGAGAUUGUUGACCGGAUGCGGACUUCAGGCCCUCCAGCAAUUGACCGGUAUCAACUUCAUCUUCUAUUACGGAACUCAAUUCUUCAAGAACUCUGGUAUCCAGAACGCUUUCCUGAUCGGUCUCAUCACUAACUUGGUCAAUGUCAUCUCCACCUUUCCCGGUCUUUGGAUGGUUGAGAAAAUGGGUCGUCGCAAUCUCCUUCUCUUCGGCGCCGUCGGUAUGUGCCUCUGCCAAUUCAUUGUCGCAAUCGUGGGUGUUACCUCUUUCACCGCCGUCGCAAACAAUGUCCUCAUCGCGUUCGUCUGCUUCUACAUCUUCUUCUUCGCCUGCUCUUGGGGUCCUUGCACCUGGGUCGUUACCGGUGAGAUCUAUCCCCUUAAGGUCCGUGCCAAAUGUCUUUCCAUUUCCACCGCAACCAAUUGGCUUCUCAACUGGGCUAUCGGUUUCUCAACCCCUUACCUUGUCGCCAAAGGCAAAGGCAACGCCAACCUUGGACUCAAUAUCUUCUUCAUCUGGGGUGGAUGCUGCUUCAUCUGCAUUGCUUUCGUCUACUUCUUCAUCUACGAGACCAAGGGACUCUCUCUCGAGGACGUCGACCAGCUCUACAUGACUGUCGACAAGGCAUGGCACUCCCAGGGGUUCGUUCCAUCAAUUACUUACAGCCACGAAAAAAUGCAUGCCACCGGAAACGGCUCUGAUGGAAAGGCCGGGCUUGCUCACAUUGAGGGCAGUCACGGCGAGGUUUAAAGAAUUAUAAAUUUUUGUUUUUUGUUUCUUGUUUUCCAGUUUCCUUUUUGUA